AUGGCCAAUGCUUCUAAUUCAUUCCCGAAGGAUAUUUUUUACCCUGCUCAUUCUCAGGACUCCAGCAGUGACAUCAGCACAGCUAACCUCCUCUUGCUGAGCAGGCAGAAUCGUCUAAUGAAUGGGAAUAAUCAAAACUUCCACACAUCAUCCCCUAUGGGAAGAGUUAUCCUUAUCAACACACCACUGGAAGCUAACAGUGAUGAGAGUGAUGCUAUCAAUGCCAUUACAGUGGAGAAGAGCAAAGAGGGGAAGCUGGGUUUCAGUGUGCGUGGGGGCUCUGAACAUGGCCUGGGUAUUUUUGUCAGCAAGGUGGAAGAGGGCAGCAGUGCAGAACAGGCUGGACUUUGUGUUGGGGAUAAAAUCACAGAGGUGAACAGCGUGAGCUUGGAGAACAUUACAAUGGGAAGCGCCAUCAAAGUCCUGACAGGGAAUAACAGGCUGCGAAUGGUUGUGAGACGCAUGGGCAAAGUGCCAGGGAUAAAGUUUUCCAAAGAAAAGACUACAUGGGUUGAUGUGGUAAACGGGCGCUUGAUUGUGGAGAGGAGUGGGUCAAGUCCCUCAGAUACCAGCUCUGAGAUAGGAAGGCGACGUAUUGUCCAUCUCUACACCACAUCUGAUGAUUAUUGCUUGGGUUUCAACAUCCGUGGAGGGAAGGAGUAUGGCCUUGGCAUCUAUGUCUCCAAAGUGGAUCCUGGCGGGCUGGCUGAGCAACAUGGGAUCAAGGUUGGUGACCAAGUCCUUGCAGCCAAUGGAAUCAAGUUUGAUAACAUCAGCCAUAGCAGGGCAGUGGAAGUGCUAAAGGGGCAGACCCACAUCAUGCUGACCAUUAAGGAAACAGGGAGAUUCCCGGCGUACAAGGAAAUGGUGGCUGAGUACUGCUGGCUCAACAGAUUGACCAAUGGCCAGUUGCAGCAGCUGUCCCAAACCUCUGAAUCCAGUUCAUCCAUGUCAUCCUACUCCUCAGGGACCCCCUUAAGCUCCAUGAAUGGCCUGAUUAUGGCCCCAAUUCCCAGCUCAGCUCAAAGUUGCAUGGUGGAUGUUGGCAUCUCCACAGAGCUGCCAGUUCAGAGCCAUUUGUCACAGAGGGCAGAGACUGCUAUGCAGACAGAACCAUUGCCUGAUGGGGCCUCCUUUUCAGAGACCCAGCAGAUCGUGCAGCCCAUGGAAAUCCUAAAAGACACGGCCAUUCGCACAGAGAGCCUCAAAGAGUCUUUCCACCUAAGGAAGCACCAGCCAUUUGUUAGCAAGGAAACAACAGAGUCAUCCCCCAAAAUGGCACUUCUACUAGCACUCAGCCAUCCCCGUCAGCCCAUUAAGAGAUCACAGAGCUAUCUGACCGUCUGUGAGGAAAAGCAUCAAAGAAACAAAGAGAAGCCAGGAUCGUCAGAGAAAAAAGUCACUCUCCAGCGCUCCAAAACCUUAAUGAACCUGUUCUUUAAGAGCACCCGACUAGGGAGGCCAAGCUCAACAACUGGAUCCCUGGAAUCACAGAAGCAGUCCAAAUUCUCUGCACAGUCUGAAGGGGAGAAAGAAAAAGGCUGCUCCGUAUCUCUGAGCUCCAAGGCGUCAGUUCUGUCGUCUGACAAACACAGAGGCAGUGAAUCUGGCAAAACUAUCGACAGCCACCUGCUACUGAUUGAAGACAUGGCCAAGAAGUUGCUGAUGGAAGAUGAAGUGGCAGCUGUACUGCGACAUUGCACCCGAUAUAUCCAAGAAAGUGGGGUGGAAGAUCUGGUGAGGCCACUGCUGGCAAUUCUUGACCGUCCUGAGAAGUUGCUACUUCUCCGAGAUAUCAGAAGUGUGAUUGCCCCUACGGAUCUUGGCCGCUUUGACAGUAUGGUUGUGCCCCUGGAGACGGAAGCCUACGAUGCACUCAGGAGCAGAACAGUGAGAUCACCUGCUCUUCGCCCAACACAGCAUGAAAUACCCCCAAAGAGACAUCUUAUCACUCCGGUACCUGAUUUCAGGGGUAGUUUCCUUCUGAAACCAGUGAUGACCAACAAGGCAAAGGGGGAGGAGGAACACAAGGAGAUGCUGAAGGAUGCCAUGAAAAGGCUGCAGCUCUCUCCCAGCCCUGGACAGACUCAACCUCAAAGCUAUACUCCUCUUGCUGAUGUGCCAGUGGAUGCCUAUACUCCCAACAGUGUCUCCUCCUCAGCAACCAGGGGCAAGGAACCUCAUUGGAGUCUAACUAAACCUACAAAACCUUCAAUGAACUCCCUACACACUGUAUCCUCUCAGGUGCAAUCCCUGGAGCAUGAAGAUGGACAAUCUAGCAGAGGGAGGCCUUCUACUCCAAAAUCAAGCCAUGGGCAAGAUGUGGCAAGGGGACCACAUGGGGAAGUCUUGCCUGCCAGGGAUACUCUCUAUUCUGUAAUCAAUCGACCACGCAGAGCUAGGCCCCUGCUCUCACAGAUCUUCAAGGAAACCCCAGCUACUAGCAAGGUAACGCAAGCAGAAAUGGGAGAUGAGGUCCCAGAGAAGCUGCUCCAAAAUGGCCCCAGUGACAAAAAGGAGGAGGAAUAUGAACUGGUGACUAUCAGACUGUCCAAGGACAAACAAUCUCUGGGCAUCAGCAUUUCAGGGGGAAUAGAAUCCAAAUUGCAGCCAAUGGUGAAGAUUGAGAAGAUAUUUCCUGGGGGAGCAGCCUCUCUGAGUGGAGAAUUGGAGGCUGGCUAUGAGCUGGUUGCAGUAGAGGGAGAGAGUCUGCAGAAUGUAACACACCAGCGAGCUGUGGACGUAAUCCGCCAAGCCUACCGCAACAAAGCUAAGGAGCCCAUGGAGAUUGUGGUGAAGGUGCCGAAGAAAAGCAAAUAAAUGUUGCAGAUCAAGCAGUUUAUGCGAUGCUACUGUUAAUGAAGGAUCUGUUUAACUAUAUCUGCCCAUUGUUCAGAAAGGUAUGGUAUCAGGGAAACAAAUUGCUAGCUGGGUUACUAAAAUAUCUGCCACUCAGCAAGCUUUCAGGCUUAAUGGAGCAAGUAAUAGUUUUCCAGUUCUAGAGAGGCAUGUUUGGAACAGGACCAGGGAAGAUUAAAGAUCACAUUGCCCAGUUCAAGCAACAAGUACUGUUUCCAAAACUACAGUUAGCUGCACGUGGACAGCUGUCACUAAGAGCAAUUGCUUUGCAAUGAAUUUCCUGCUGAAAUGAGUUAGCAUCUCAGAGGAGGAGACAUUGUUUUUGACAUUCAGAACCCAACCCCGAGUUGGCAUUUCCUAGAU